AUGGACUUUGGAAUAGACAUUGAGCGGUUGCCAGGCUGCAGCACUAAGAUUGCUGAGUUGUACCAAGAAUGGUUGAAAGAUGGUGAAACCAAAGAGACGGCAGCAGCAGCAUCAGACGCAAAGAUGUCUACCUUGAUGCUGUUUUACGACAUAUGGGGUAUGAUCCCCCGACAAGAAGUUGAAGAAAUCGCAAGUCUAGUCCUUCAACACGCGCGCAAGAUUGAGGCUGGUUUCCAAAUGGCCAUUGUGGGAGGCUAUAGACGAGGGAAAAAGGAAAGCGGUGACGUGGACGUCAUUCUAAGUCAUCGAGACGAAUCACAAACCAUGAAUAUGAUAAAUGACCUCGUCGUCAGUCUUGAGCAAGACCAUCUCAUAACGCAUACACUCAGUUUAUGGACCAAGAAUAGUGAACGAGGCCAGCUCCCGCUUGCCUGGCGAGGGGAGGGCGCCAGGCGCGGAUCUGGAUUUGACACGCUUGAUAAAGCCAUGGUCGUGUGGCAAGAUAAGAAAAAAGCAGGAGAUGAUGCACCGCAUCGAAGAGUGGACAUCAUCAUCAGCCCGUGGAAAACUGUUGGGUGUGCUUUGCUGGGAUGGAGCGGCGGCACAACAUUUGAACGAGAUCUUCGACGAUAUUGCAAACAAGAAAAGGGCCUGAAGUUUGACAGCAGCGGGAUUCGCCGUCGCUCCGACGGGACAUGGGUGGACUUUGAAAGCCAUUAUACCGCGUCGGACGAGGGCCCCGGCCAUGACGGACGUUGUCCACAACCGGCACCGGAUAUGGAUACGGCUGAGAGGCGGGUUUUUGAAGGGUUGGGCUUAACUUGGCGAGAUCCAACAGAAAGAUGCACAGGGUGA